AUGUCACAGGAGUUAGACCCCGAGAAACAAAUUAAUCCAUAUCCAAAGGUAAAAGCUCUUAUUGAAACAAACACCUCUCCCCCAUUUCCCCAACUUACAAGCUCAAACUCAAUAACCGACCAUCCUGACUACCUUCGCUUGAUUUUAACUUCACGUGUAUAUGAAAUUGUUAAAGAGACACCGCUACAACACGCAGCUAAUCUGUCAAGUAGAUUACAUAAUAAAAUUUACCUCAAACGCGAGGAUUUACAACAGGUGUUUUCGUUUAAGAUACGAGGGGCAUAUAAUAAAAUUGCGCAUUUAUCCGACGAAGAAAGGAAGAAUGGUGUUAUUGCUUGUUCAGCUGGAAACCAUGCUCAAGGAGUUGCAUUGUCAGCGAAACAUCUUGGUUUGCCAGCGACCAUUGUGAUGCCAGUAGCAACGCCUGCUAUAAAAUGGCGAAAUGUAGAGAGACUAGACGCUAAAGUCGUAUUAUACGGUGCAGAUUUUGAUGAAGCAAAAAAAGAGUGUGCUCGUCUAGAGGAUUUAUACCAGCUCACAAAUAUUCCCCCGUAUGAUGACCCGUAUGUGAUUGCAGGUCAAGGCACAAUAGCAAUGGAAAUUUUGCGUCAAAUUAAUUAUAAUGAGAUCGACGCGAUCUUUGCUUGUGUUGGUGGAGGAGGCCUAAUAGCUGGAAUUGGAAGCUAUGUGAAAAAGUUAUGUCCCAAAAUAAAAGUAAUUGGCGUGGAAGCAUGCGAUGCAAAUGCGAUGACAAUCUCCUUAAAGGAAGAUAAACGUGUUUUACUGAACGAAGUAGGACUGUUUGCUGACGGUGCUGCUGUUCGGAUUGUAGGAGAGGAAACAUUUCGAUUAUGUCGAGAGGUUGUGGAUGAGAUGAUAACAGUUACUAAUGACGAAAUAUGCGCAGCGAUAAAAGACAUUUUUGAAGAUACUCGUUCGAUUAUUGAGCCGGCUGGAGCACUUUCAGUUGCUGGUGCGAAGAAAUACAUUGCUGAAAACAAUCUGGGGGGACGUUGUUUUGUUGCUGUUACAUCCGGUGCCAAUAUUAAUUUCGAUCGUUUGAGAUUUGUAGCCGAGCGUGCAGAGCUCGGAGAACAUCGAGAGGUUUUAUUUGCGGUCAUUAUUCCAGAACGUCCUGGAAGUUUCGUUCAACUUUAUAAUCACAUUCAUCCACGACCUAUAACAGAAUUCUCAUACAGAUAUUCGGAUUCUGAAAAAGCCUGGAUAUUUAUGUCAUUUAUAGUCCAGAAUCGAGAAAAGGAAGUUCCGGAGAUUUUAGAAGACCUACAAAAAAAUGGAAUGCAAGGACAAGAUAUAAGUGAAAAUGAGAUGGCAAAAAGCCACGCGAGAUAUUUAGUUGGAGGUAGAAGUCGCGUUGAAAAUGAACGAUUGUAUAGAUUUGAAUUUCCAGAAAGACCUGGAGCACUACAGAAAUUUUUGUAUGGAUUACAUUCUGAAUGGAAUAUCACAUUGUUUCAUUAUCGGAAUCACGGCUCUGAUUUAGGCAAAGUUCUUGUGGGAAUUCAAGUACCACCGGAAGAGGACGCAGCCUUCGAAUUAUUCAAAAAUAAUCUUGGUUAUAUUGCUGUAGAUGAAACAGAUAACUCGGUGUAUAAAAAUUUUUUGAAAUAG